AUGCCAUCAAAAAAGAAAAAGUAUAAUGCAAGAUUUCCAGCUGGAAGAAUAAAAAAAAUUAUGCAAACAGAUGAAGAAGUUGGAAAAGUGGCACAAGCAGUACCAGUAAUAAUCUCUAGAACAUUAGAGUUGUUUGUCGAGUCUCUAUUAACAAAAUCAAUGCAGAUAACACAAGCAAGAAAUGCAAAAACAUUGACUCCGUCCCAUAUGAAACAGUGUAUUUUGUCAGAAAGUCGUUUUGAUUUUCUAAAAGACCUAGUAAAGAAUAUCCCUGAUGCAAGCAUACAAGAAGAUAAUGAAAAUAAUGCGCUGUUCGAGGAAGGUUCUCUUCGAGAAGAGGUUAUGGAUGAACCAAGUCCAAGUUUGCCCAGUAGUGCUAGUAGUAGAGCUAGAUCGUCGAGGGGAAGUACCCAAGAACGAAAUAUUCCUCAAACUGAAGUCUAUGUCCCAUCCCCUUCUAACACAGCCUUGAAUGAACAAAGUACCUCCACUAGCAGAACGCCCGUGAUUCAAUACGGCCCAAAAGUAGUAAAUGCUGAGAAUAGCAAAAUAAAUUUUUCUGUGACUAAUUUAUUAAAACCAGACGAACCAAAAUUGCAUGUAACAAUAGCUUCUGAAGAGUUGGCGGAAGUUCCACAACUUCUACCAACAAGCAGAUCUUCUAGCAGUUUACCACCUAGAGUAAAUCCUAAUGAUAUUGUACCUCCUUUAGUACCCAUUUCCCGCUACAGUCAAAACUCCAGCGAUAAUAAUUUAUAUAUUGAUGAAGAAUAUGAUAACUGA